GCAGAUUAAUUUUGCCCGCAUCCAGGGUGUCCUUUAACGUGCAACAAAAGCUAAGAGCACGAGUGUUUUUGAAUUAAUAAUAGUGCCCUGUAUUGUCGUCACCGAAUCGCUAACGCUUACGAAGCGGUGUUGCGGCACGGGCAGUUAAGUAUCGCAUUGUUACAUUAAAACCUAUCCUUGCGACAUUAAAGAAAAGCCGAAUAACUCUUUCAGAUCGUUCACAGCGGUACGCGUGUAGCGACAGAGCUCUGUCAACCUGUGGAGCAAUAUGCCCCGGAAAUACCCGCAAGAAAUAAAAAGCGAGCAAACAGAGAAGAGAUAACGACAAAAAAAAAAAAAGAACAGAGUGUUAUCAGCGCGCCAUAUCUUGGCAUUUCCACGAGGCUUGAUAUAAGACGGGGGACCUAUACGUGAGGUGUUAUCCAAUCAGGAGGAAGGAAGCUGAUUCAAACGCCUCUCCCACCUCUCCUUCGUCCUAUCUCUCCGAGGUAGUUUGUUUUGCCUUGACACACUUGGUAUGGGCUAAAUAUUAGUCCAAAUGUCAUUUGUAUGAACCAUCUGUUACGCAAGACCGAAUGAAUUGCUGACGACACAACUAUAAUUCAGGAACUACUUUUUCAUGGCGUAGGAAUAACGCUACACCCCGUUGGCGCUCAUUCAACUCUACGCUAUAUAUCUACGCGGAUGGUUGGCCGUCGAAACAACGCGGAUGUUUAAUGUAAGCCCCCGAAGGUAUUGGGAAAAAAACAACAAUGAAAACUACAUGCGUCGCGUAAGCAACGGUCCUAUUUGCAGUGGCUAGCUGAUAAGACCUACUGCUCGUUCGCAUAAGCCCCGCUUUCGCGAACAAUGGGAAGACAUGGCCGCCCUGUGUCGUCUGCUCGCCACGUUCGGUUUCAUCUGCCCCGCCGUGGCGGUUGAAUUGGACAUGGAAACUUUGUACAUGAGUGACACCUGUCGGUCGUCUGGUCAGCAACAGGAGCUCACGCUGUUCCAGCUCCAGACCACGGGCAGCCGCUCCACACUCACGCUCCGGUCUCGACGUGCCGACUUGGCUCCGCGGUGGAACGUGUGGGACAGCUGCACGUCCAAUCUACUGGUGACCAGUCCGCCGGGAUCGCGGAUCACCGUGGCCAUCGAGGAUCUGGACAUGCGCGCCGACCCCAAGGAGAACUACUGCAUCGACUUCCUAGACGUCCACCCGCUGGACUCCUUGGUGAGUCGGUUCUGCGGAUCCCUGGACGCCACCUACCCCACGACGUACGCUUCGGUGGACAACCGUCUGCGCUUCAAAUGGAACUUCUACACGGCCUCGCCCGACAGCAGGGGCUUUACCGUGCUACUGACGGCCUUCACGAAGCCAGCGAAAGGUAACUGCACGACCGCUGGCUCUGCCUCGCCGUCCGACGCCCUGUUCCUGUGCGACAACGGUCGCUGCAUCGACGCUAGGUGGCACUGCGACAAGCGCGACAACUGCGGCGACGCGUCGGACGAGAAAGGUUGCCGAGAUGAAGACAGCACCUUGGCGACACUGAGCAUAUGCGUAUGCGUCGCAGUUGUCGUGGUUUCAGGGCUGUUGGUCACAGCGGUCUGGAUGAAGUUUAAGAGGCCGCCGAGCCGAGGCGCUGCGAUCGUCGGCGGACCAAUGACUGCGUACAGCAUCGCCGUUGGUCCGGACAACUCGAACAGACCGCCGUACGGUCAUCAGCCGGAAAGCACAGCAGCAUCAAGGUCGUCGAUUAACCGUUACUAGGCUGCGCAAUGUGCAACUUCAUCCGCAUCCGUGUGACGCCGCAGAACUUUGUGUGACUCGUGUCGAGUUGGUUCCAGACAUGUCGCCGUCCAGCCAAGGGUGCGCAUCAUCGACGAUAGCCUGGACGUCUGCUUCCUGCGUAUGCCUCUAGUCGACCUGGAGGAGCUACUUGAAUACUCGACGCGAGCGCUCAGGCCUAAGAGAUCUGCACUUCCGCCAGCGAAUCAAAAUGUACCUGUGCUAUUUCGAGUGCAGUCACAGCGGCAGUUUUGUCACGACGAGCUGUUUCGCAACUUCCGGAACACGAGACAUUCCAUUGAAACCGCCGCUGCUGUCCAUGGCUAUGUAAAAUAAAGCGAUAUAGCAAACGCGCGAAAUGAGUCUUGAUUUACAUCGCACUUGCACACGUUACAGAAUGAAGUAACUGAUUUUACUUCACUUAGAAAUGUAAACGAUUACAGUGACCAGUUACUGCUCCGAAAGUACCCGUGCAAUUACUAAGAAUAGAUCGUACUUUUACGUAACCAUUUCUCCAGCCUCUUGUUCACAUCGCACGAACAGUAAAUAGAACAAGCUGGCCUAGCUCUAUCUACGCGCCGUAUGUAGCCUUUCACGCGUUGUUCACCUUCGCUAACAAUUGCUUUUCUAAAUUUUGUUCGGUCAUCUUCACUCGCUUUCUUGAGAGCAUCAGCAGCAACACUGGAAACUCCCUUGAUGUGCGCAUUGGAGGGAAGGACUGUGUUCUAGCGUACGAACACCUGACGUGUAAAUUGGCAAAAAAACAG